UGGAAGGACUGGCUUUCCGUCUGACAUUGACUCUCUUGCAAAGAGCAGUGCACAAAAAGCUAGUCUUCAUUACACUGUGUGUGCGUAACUCGUGGAAGAAUGGAUGGCGACGUCGUAUUGCUGAACAUGUCGAACACAUCGCAGGAUCCUGGAGGAGGAUGCGUGAAUAACGCGUGCACGGCGUCUUUGGAUUGCAACAAUGACAACGGUGUAAGUACUCCGAAUGUCUUCAUGAACAAGGGAUCCCGAACUUUCGAGAAUAUUACCGUCGAAUGGAGAAAUAUUACCUACAGCGUGAAAGACAAAGGACGAAAAGGGCGCAAGACCUUACUGCACAACUUGAGUGGAAGAGCCACUCCUUCAACUUUGACCGUUAUCAUGGGACCAUCUGGAGCAGGGAAGACGACUUUAUUAAACGUACUCACAGGCUUCUUCGAGAAAGGAUACGACGGGGAAGUGCAGAUCAACGGAUACGUGCGAGUUCCCGAUUUGUUCAACAAGCAAAGCUGCUACGUCAUGCAAGACGAACACCUGCUGCCCGUGCUUACGGUGCGUGAAGCACUCACCAUGAGCGGGGAGCUGCGCAUGCCAUCGGCAACGAGUGAAGAAAGGACGGCAGUGGUUUCCAAGGCCAUCGAAGAGUGGAAUUUGCAUGACUGUGAACGUGUACGCACUUGCGAUAUUUCCGGUGGCCAAAGAAAGCGUCUGGCAAUCGCCCAGGAGCUUGUAAACAACCCACCUGUUAUUUUCCUGGAUGAGCCCACCACCGGGUUGGAUUCUGUUACCAGUCUGCUAGUCGUACAAAUCCUAAGGAGGCUCGCCAAGGAAGGCCACACGGUCAUCUGCUCCGUGCACACUCCGAGUGCGAAGAUAUUUUCACAUUUCGAUAAUUUAUACAUGCUAUCGCAAGGUAUGUGCAUCUACAAUGGACCAGUGAAGGACCUUGUCGAAUUUACGUCGCGGCACAAUCUUCACUGUCCGCAGUACCACAACCCGGCUGACUUCAUCUGUGAAAUAUCAGCGGGAGAGCACGGAGACUGCAUACCUGAACUAGCCAAAGAAUUCACCAUCGCUCCCCCGGAAAAAACCUGCGGAGAUCGUGGGAAGAUAACACCGUAUGGCGGACAGACUAUGAGUGACUCGGAUUUAGCUGAAGCAAGAAGGCAGUACUCGUUCAAAAUCAACCACACGCAUCAGUUCGCUGUUCUUAUGAAGCGUUGCUGGCUGGCAGCGGCAAGAAAUAAGAUGGCGACCCCAUUCCGCUACUUGAUAUACGCCUUAUUCGGAAGUACGAUAGCUGCUAUCUUCUACGACGUGGGGAACAAAGCGUCCACAACGAUCAGCAACUUAUCCAUGAUAUUUCUUUGCUGCUGUAUAGUCGUGUUUCAGUCACUCAUGCCGACUGUUAUGGUGUUUCCAACUGAAAUCACUGUGUUGCUGAGGGAACAUAGAAACUGUUGGUAUAGUCUGAGGAUGUACUACUUGGCUAAGUACAUCGUGGAAGUCGUUCCUUGCGUGCUUCCUGUCUUGCUGAUGGUAGGCAUCACGUACUACCCAACGUCACAGCCUCUAGUAUUUUGGCGAGCAGCAGCGUUUUGCUUGCUUUGCAUUCAACUCAGUUCAGUCACCCAGUCCAUAGGCCUCCUUGUAUCUGCUCUCUCUUCCGUGCAGAUGGCAGUGUUCCUGGCGUUUCCUGCCAUGUCGCCGGCAUUCUUCUUCAGUGGAUUUUAUGUUCAGUCUAACGUGGUGACUCCCUACUUGCGCUGGAUCCACUACGCUUCUCCUAUUUAUCACGCCUACCAAGGGAUCAUUUUAUCGACGUAUGGUUACGGAAGAGAAAAACUGGAAUGCGACGAUUUCAUUUGCCUGUACGAAGACCCUGCAGAUGUGCUCGAAUUUACGAAUUCUGCGGAGAAGAAACUCUACUUGCAAAUCGUGAUCUUGGUUAGUUUAGAAGUAGUCUUCAGGGUUAUAGCAUUCGUGGCGCUUAAGUGGCGGCUUAAAAGAAAAACAUAGCGACUCGCCGUUGCAACAAUAAAUAAAAAGAAGAAGAGAGAAACAACAAGAAAGUUAGGGCAGUUCAUUGUUUGCGAUAGAGCCGGGAAGUAGCAAACAGAUUGGUUACACUGCUCUAAGAGGUAAAUCUGGAGAAAGCGCGUUCUGGGUUGUGCCUUUGUUUGCAUCACUAUAAAGGCUGUCGUCAUCGUAUGCUA